AUGGCCAAGCGUAACCUACAGGCCGGCAGUCCGAUCAAUUUUGACAUGCUAAUGGGGAAAGGACGUUAUGCUUCCGCCGAGGAGCAGAUGUGCCUUGACGCCAGAGCGUACGCCCAGAUUCAGUCCGCUGCCUCUAAAGCUUGGAAAAAACUGCCAUUCAAGGACGAUGCAAGUGCCUCUCUUACUAAUCUUAAGCAGGGAGCCAAUGAGCCUUUUGCCGAUUUCACCCACCGCCUAAAGGUCAACUAUACCUCACACUGUUUGGAAACCCUUGCGAUUGCAAAGGCGGCAUAUGGGGGCGGCCCUCAAGACCAAAUCAGAGAAUUAUUGGUCCAGGAAAGGAUCCAAGAGAUCAUAGACCAAUUAUUCCCAAAGAUUCAAUAUCAUCCCUUAAUACUUCCUAAAUCUAGAGGUAUAGACUUGGAUCAACAGACAUCAGAUAUUUUUAUAGCUACCCAUAAGGCUCUCAAUGCCUCCAGCCCCGAGCUGGCUAGAGACUGCUGGCUAUGCGUGGUCUCUGGCACUCCCUUGCCCAUUGCCAUUCCACCCAAUUCUACCUCCCCUCCUAUAAACACUGGUAAUUGCUCCUUCAGUUUGCCUUUCAGAGUUCAACCUUUGGGUUUCAAAAAUCCCUCCUGCAUUCAAGGAAAAUUUAACAAGGACACAUCUGACGUUGAUGUUGGCUUUGUUACAUUUACUGUCUGUAGACAUAUAACCAAUUAUAGCUCACCCCUCUGCCCGCUAAAAGGACAAGUUUUCUUUUGUGGAGGAAAUAUGGCUCUAACCUUCCUCCCUACCAAUGGGACAGGACUAUGUGUGAUGGCCACCUUAUUACCUGACAUAGAUAUCAUACCAGGAGACGAGCCUGUUCCCAUCCCUACCUUUGACUAUAUCUCAGGCCAGUCUAAAAGAGUAGUCCAAUUCAUCCCUCUGUUAGUAGGCCUAGGCAUCUCUGGAGCCUUGGCUACAGGAUCAACAGGAAUGGGAAUUGCAAUACACUCUCAUAUUAAACUCUCUAACCAGCUAAUUGAUGACUUCCAAACCCUGUCUAGUACAAUUCAGGAUGUUCAAGAUCAAUUAGAUUCUCUUGAGGAGGUAGUCCUCCAAAAUAGAAGAAUGUUAGAUCUCCUCACAGCAGAACAGGGAGGGAUCUGCUUGGCUUUACAGGAAGGUUGCUGCUUCUAUGCAAACAAAUCCCGUAUCGUCCGAGACAAAAUCAAAAAACUUCAAGAGGACCUGGUAAAAAGAAGAAAGGAGCUAUUUGACAAUCCCUUUUGGAGUGCCUGGAAUGGGAUACUGCCCUACCUCCUCCCCUUACUCGGGCCCCUCACAGGAUUCCUAGUUUUACUAUCUCUGGGACCCUGCCCCUUUAACAGGCUAAUGGCCUUUGUUAGACAGCAGGUUAAUGCCAUAAAACUACAACCCCUACAGGUCCAUUACCAUAGACUUGAAAUGACUGAUAUAGAAAGCUACUCAAAUUUUAACAGAUAUACACACGAUGUCACUGAGCCUUAAAGUGCCUCGGCUUUCUCACCUUGGUGCGAUAGACUGGAAAGUCAGAGAAGGGCAACUGGGACUCACACGUGUCACCAACCACCACCUAAGACGGGAACUGGGCCUUAUGCUGUCCAGCCUUCUAAUAACGGGUAAGGUAGAGUUGGGGUGAAGUGCAUGCUCCCUGACCCAAGCCAGACACAGUCUCCUCAGGGACACAGUCAUUUCUUGGCAUUUCAUAUUAAAAGAAAGGGGGACCUGUGGGAGACCAAUGUUUGGCCUCAUACUACAGACUGUUGCAUUUGAUCUGUUGUCUUGUGACCUUCCCAGAGCUAAGUUUCUGUUUCCCUGCCAAGCCAUUUCCCAGAAGUCACAUGCCUGAUCUCCACCCUAGAGACCACCCCUCAGUGCCUAACAACCUGAUGAUGUGUUAUCACUCCUCCCUCUUCUUCCCCGCUUCCUAUAAAUUCACUGAGACUUCCUUGA